GUCACCAGAAUUACUGGCAGGCAACAUGGCGGCCCCCGUAAGGGCAUUGUGCUGCUCAGUGUGGAGACAGUCGUGCAGACAACUCAGCAGCAGCUGUUCACUACAAGGUGGACAGAAGUGGAGGAAGGAACACGGACUUCCUCGAAGUGGCUCUGAAUAUGGGCCCCUGACAGACCUCCCUGACUGGUCCUUUGCAGAUGGACGACCAGCACCACCAAUGAAGGGCAUGUUGAGAAGAAGGCAGGAGCGAGAAGCUUUGUCUAGACGUAUCGUGAUGCUGAACUCUGAGGUUGACAAAGGCAUUGAGUCGUGGCAAACGCGAGAGGAGAAGGCCAAGAAGAUGGAGGAGCACCAACGUUCAGUCCUGCUCAAACCUAAAGGACGGUUGCUGAUUAAGAAAAAGUCACAGACUUAAAUUAGAAACUGCCAUCAAUGCUGUUAUUUAAAACAUCUGCCUCACCAUCUUUCUGUGACAUUUUACUGCAAUA